AUGGCCCCCAGUGCCAGGAGGCCCGCCGCCGGUCGCGGCGGCCGCGGCGGCGGCGGUCGGGGCCGCCAGUCUCGCGGCGACGGCACGGCGCCCUUUGCUGAGCCGCCGCCCGACGGGGACGCCGCCGCCGAACCUGAGGCGAAGGCCGAAGUCGAGGACAAGCCGCGGCCGCGCAAGGUCCCCAGGCUCGGCAAGGCAGGCCAGGCGGCUCACAUGGUCGCCUCGACGCUGGGCGGGAGCCACCAGGUUGGCGACGUCAGGGAAGCGGCGGAUGAGGGCGGCUCGGCCUCAUCGGGAUCGCCGCAGUCCUCGCGCGGCGCAGGCAAGCAGAUCCCGGGUGCGGCUGAGAGCAGCUCGCGCGGGGUCACACAGAACAUGAACAACAACUUGAUGAGCCGCGUCGCGGCAGCUAAGCAGAAGAUCGCGUGCCAUCCAGACAUGGGCAAUGUCGGCGCAGCUAUGCCGCUACCACUGCCUUCGCGCGAGCAGAGGGACCCCGCGGAGACGUCCACGAUCGCGCCCUUUGACGGUGAUACGUGCACCGCGUGCCUGACGACUACUCACGCCUACGGCCCAGUUGGCUUCAACAUCUUUCAGCUGGACUUGAACGGCAACCCCGCGAAAAGGGCGCACACGAACAUGAAUAAGUUGAAUUCCCUGGUCGACAUAGUAUUCCAGAACGGUUUCCGAGGCUCCUUUCCAGAUGCAUUCACUGCCGCGGUCAGCGUCGCGGACGCCACUCAGGACGUUUCGGAUACGUUCGGCAACUUAGUCACGGCCUCUCCUCCUGAGAUGAUUUGGGCCGUCAUCCUGGGCACGGCCAAGCUACUCGACACUAGCCCCACUUCAGAGCAGGUGGCCAUGCUGAGGCGCGGGUUGAUCACCUUCCCAGUGAACAUCACGGCUAUGGGCGACGCCGUGAAGCGCACGGCCACGCAGAGGUUCUUCGACAUCAUGGAGAGCAAGGACGUGAUCGAGACCUCGCUCGGGCAUGAAGUGGGCGCGCAGAGGACGGCGAAGAUGUGGGCCGAGAAGGUCGAGCUCGCACCGAACUCAGAAAAGAUUUCGGAGACGUACGUUGACGCCUGCUUUACAGUGGGGGCUAGGCCCAUGAGCAACGCCCAGACUCAGAAGAUCGUGGUGGGGGCCGACUCGAGCGGGACUACGCCGUUCGACAGCAUCUAUAAGUACGAGGCGGUGGUGAAGAGAGCUCAAUCAGGCAACCUGAUCCACAGGUGCACGGCUGGGCUGCUGGACCUGGUGACGGCCAAGAUGACCACGGCCGGCGAGAUCAGCCUUCGCCAGCUGACGGGUCGAGGACUCCCUGGAGGGAAGGGAUUGUUAGACCUGCUGAUUGCCAAGCAGGAGCUCGGGCACUGCAUCAUCAAGAAGGUGCACGACAUGGGCCUCAACGCAUCGACACUCCAGAGGUUGGAGACGUGGAUCAGCGGGCACGACGCCUACCGCAGUAUGGUCGGGUACAAGGCCGGCGAGAAGGACGCGUCCUGGCGCACUGCGUUGAAGCAGUCCUCUAAGUUGGCCAUCGCUCUGUUCGAGGACUGCGUUUUCAAAGUUGACUUCGACUUGCAGAUCAAGCAGCAGAAAAUCCAGGGCUCGCCGGUGGGGGAGAUUCUCGACAGGUCCCCGUUGAAGGAGAAGGUCGACGACAUCUACACUGCCCAUGUGGCAGAGGGCGACGCGGUGCCGACAGAUGCCACUGCCGAUGUCACAACGCAGGACCUCCUCACCUCCGACGACGACGAUGAGCUCGACUUAGACCCCGUCAAGGGCAAGCUCUCAGACCCCGACCUACAGGAGCAGCUGAAGCCCUGGGCAACUAUCGUGAAGAACAAGUACACCAGGGUUGUGAAGCUCAUCGUGGACCCGCAGUCCCCAACAGGCGUGGCAGAGGCGCUUUCCACGUGGUGGGAGGGGCUCGACAUGCAGGUCGCCAAAGACUCGAACAUCGUCGUCUUCUAG